UUAGACAUCCGCACCGCAUUUACGUUAUGUCCAGGUAUCGCAGGAGCAAACGUCAGCGUCAAGACCGACCGGCUUCGGCGGUGCAUCAUCAACAACCAUCGGCCCGGCUCUGGCACUGGUACAACCACAAGCCGUUUCCGCCGUUCGUUACCGUCGACCAAUUGCAUAGGUACCGCCGUAAGGAGUUCGGCGAAGUUGCAUUUCCGUCGACGACAUCGCCGCUAUUGCCGUUCGGUACGUCAGACAGCCCGUGCUCGUUCGACACCGAGUACAAAUUCCGUUUCGAGGUGCCGUACAAGACGGCGGAGGAGAUGAGCGUGAACAGGCGGCACGCGACAGUACCCAAGGACGAACUGCAGGUGGAGGGCGACGUCGAGUACAGUGCGGAGUACGCGGAGAACUUCAAGGACCAGCCGAGGGAGAGGAACAUAGCGGCGCGACAAGGCAGUCACAUAGGGCCGUUUGAAUGCCCCGACCAGUACUCGGUCAUGACGUCCGAACAGCACGACCAGUAUGUCACUCCUGUGGGGGGCCGUCGGGCCAGCAACGCGCGGCCUUCCACCGGACUGAAAAUGGAGGGCGACAUGGAAAUGGACACGGAACAGGGGCACAGCUACGUGCCGCACCCGGACGGUCAUCGGGCGGCCAACUUGCGGCCCAGCACCGGACUGAGGUUGGACGAGGGGAUCAUGGACGGCGAGUCGGAACAAACGGCCAGCUACCGCAAGUAUCCGACCACGCCUCAUCCGUUGGCCGAAGAUCAAGGUCAUCAUCGCCGCCUGGGCGUCAGCGUUGCCGGCAAUCCGUCGGACCGGGGCGCCGAGGAAAUGAUCUUGGCCAGAGACAGCGGCAUGUUACUGCGACCUGCCCGGUCGUCGUUCACCGUCUUCGGCGCAUCCGGACACGAACGGUGCCGUUCCGGAACCGUGAAAAUUCCGUCGUAUCGUCUGGAAGUAGUGGAUUGCAGCGUAGGCGGCAAAGGGUCACCCAAGUCGGCGACAGUGGCGGACAGCCCAGCGCCGGUAGCGGUUUCCCCGGCAGACAAGGCGUUUGUGGUGCUCGAGAGGACAGCCUGGUCGUCUGUGGAAACUGGCGGCAACCGGUGGGUGAAGAGGAGACAACGGAAAAUGGGAACGGUGCGGUUUUUCGACGACAAGCGUUCGCGCAACGCCACCUUUGCCGGGGGCAAGACCAUCCAGUAAUACUAUACUAUAAUAUUACUAUAGUCGAGUGGACUGCCUCCAGAUAGACAUCAGCUAUUAACUGUAAUAGUGAUAAUACUUUUAACUUACCACUUCCGGGACAUACUUCCGUCGAACGUCUUGCACUGAUAAUUCAACGAACAUUAUAAUAUGUACUAUUUACUAUCAACUACUUGUUAUAAUAAUACAUACACUGUUAACCAAUAAUCCAUUUCGAAUGAUAUUAUAUAACAUAGCAUGAUAUAUUUUAAAAAUCUUUUUUUUUUUGCUUGACCACAACGGUUACUGCAGCGAGUGUUGACAAUUUGAUCUAAGACUUU